AUGUGCAAAUUCAAAGGACUGCUGAUCAGCGACUUGCAUGACCGCGAUAAAGGCGGAUUCGAUGAUCUUGUUCCGAGCAAGUCAUCCCCUAUCGAACAUAUCGAAAUGGUCGAGACGAGUAGCGUCACUGGGUUUAUGCAAGUGAUCCGCGCCUCCAAGAAUUUGAAAUCAUUCAGAUGCCUGGGACGAGAGGGAUACGACAGUCUUCCACCGGGGAACUACAUGGCGACACAUUUUCCGUUGAAUGAUCCGUCGACUUUCGUUGCUCUUCCUGACACUCUUCCGGCCUCCCUGGAACGGCUCUAUGUGUCAGACUUCGACUAUCCCUUCCUGGCAGGCUUACGGGAGUUGGAAAAUUUGGUCCAUGCAAAGACAGAUUCCCGCAUUUACGAGUCAUUGAUAUCGAGGGCGGCUGGGAAGAGUCAUCCCGAUCUCGAGAGAUAUACUCGCGGGCCAAUCCACUUAGGCGAGUCUGUGAGGAGGCCGGUAUCGAGUUCAACAUUCGUGACUACAUGA